GAAGCAUUAUUUUUCUAAGCGAAAAAGACAAACCAGCUGUGAUGCAUUGUUUAAAGCGAAAGACAUUUAAUAACUUAUAGCCUGGUCACUGCGAAAUUACCGAAAUGGAAAAUGUGACUUGGAAAGAAGAAGACUUGUUGACUUGACUCAGAACAGGGGAUGCGAAAUUGUGAAUAAAUCUCCCUCUUUCUCUCUUAGACAUGCACACACGGAGAAAGCAUAGUAUUCAUUCCUUUACUAAACAGGAAACUUAUCUAGUAGGAAUUCAAUCAGGCGUUGUUUCAGGAGAGUUUCGAUUGGUUUCCAUGAGCACCCAAGGAGCCUCAACUUCAUCACCGUCUUCUUCUUCAACACCUCGACCUCGGUGGACAUACGAUGUCUUUCUCAGUUUUAGAGGCAAGGACACCCGUAAAGGCUUUACGGAUCAUCUAUAUAAUGCUUUGGAAAAGAAAGGGAUUUUGACCUUUAGGGAUGAAGAAAAACUUGAGAGAGGAAAAUUCAUCUCACAAGAGCUCGUGAAAGCUAUAGAAGAAUCAACAUUUGCUAUUGUCAUUUUCUCAAUAAACUAUGGGUUUUCUACAUGGUGUUUGGAUGAACUAGUGCAUAUUGUUAGAUGCAUGAAAGAGGCAAGAUUGGAAGUUUUUCCAAUUUUUUACCACGUGGAUUCAUCUGAUGUGCGGAAACAGACGGGAACUUUUGCAAAAGCAUUUGAUGAACACAAAGAAAGUUUUAAGGAAAGCAUUGAAAAGGUGGAAACAUGGAGAAUUACUUUGAGAGAAGUGGCUAAUCUCUCUGGUUGGGAUUUAUUAAAUAGGUAUAAUUUUCUAGACAAAUUUAUUUCUCUUAUUUAUAAACGCCCAGUCUUAUUUCAUAUAUCAUGAAAUAUAUAAUAUAAAUAGUUAUUAGAAAAUAUGCAUGAAAUGAAAUAUUACAACAUUUACUUGUUAAACUUUGUUAUAUGGUCGGAAACAAUAU